AAAGUGCAGGUAUCAAAAUUGAAAACUUUUAUAGUACUUAAUUAAUUGCUUCAAACUUCGAAAGGCACUUUGUGUCAAUUUAAAAUUUCAGUAGUCUCACUGGUGUCAGAGAGCCUGUGAGCUCCAAAUCUACACUGCUGAUUGUUUUUCUAAAUACAUGUUGUAAGCAUGUUAAUGUAAUGGCAUUCAUUUCAGUGCAUUAUAAAGUCAGGAGCCAGUACUAACGGGCCAGAACAGGACAGGCUUCGGCACACUAUGUCAUUAAACACACCUGCUACAGCUCAUCAGCUGAUUAGCAAGGCCUUCAUGAACUGAAUUGAGAGCAUUAGAAGAGGGUAAACACUAAUCUCUGCAGCACUAUGGCCCGAAAUAUCCCCCGUUUGACAUGCCUGAUCUAGCCUUACUCAAAGCAGAAUUUCUAAAUUCUAAAAACACAACAUUAAUAAGUCAUAGAUGGCAUUGGGUUGAUUUCCCAAACCAAAAAUACUAAGCCUAGACUAAACAAGUGUUUUUAGUGGUGAUUCACCAUCGACAUUACAGUUUCAUCCAAGACUAGUUUGUGUCCAAAGCUAAACUACUUCUCUUUCUUUCUGCUUCAAACUAAUGAAUAUUUAUCCUGUGUCUUUAAGUAGGGCUUGUACAAAUGUGUGUUUACGUAUUCAUGAAUAAAUGACUAAAAGCUGUUUGAUAUUUUGCAGAUAAUGCUAUGAGGAGAAGGUCCAGAGAUGACUGAUGUGGAGCCUGUCGUCACUGACUUUGCCGCCACGGGUCGGACUGGCUGGCGAAAUGCCAUGCCGGAUAUCUUAGGAUCCACCGCAGGCCCGGAGCAGCAGACCUGCCAAACAAACUCGCUGAGCUUUCUGUUGGAGACGAUGGUGGUCAGGAAGAAGAGGGGUCAUCCUCAGGUGUACCCGACCAAGGACAGGGGUUGGGCAGAAGAAGUAGUACAAAUCGGGAAUAUAGUUACACCAGUGUUGUCCAUUUACCAAGAUGGAGAGAAGUUAGUGAUGAAACUGAAGACCAGCGUCUUCAGCUCUGAAAAGUCAUUCGUACUGGGCGAGGAGUUUGACGAGAAUUUUGCCGGCCAAAAAUACAGAUCUGUUAUUAACCUGGACGACGGCAAAUUAGUGCAAACACAGAAAUGGGAUGGUAAAAUGACUGUCCAGACCCGCAAGAUCCAAGAUGGCAAGAUGAUCUUGACACUGAGUUAUAAAGACACUGUGGCAGUGCGCACCUACGAGAAGAUGGCUGAUUGAAAUCUGAAACAAGCAGGAUUUUACACCUCAUCUGAUUGUGAUGACGCAUGAUCUGAAUGUGAUCUGCAAACGUUUUAUUAUUUUCUUUCCUGAUAGAUCACUGCAAAGCUGUCUUAGGCUCAAUAAGAAAUAAACCAAAAGGUCCGGUGUCUUUAAAUGUAAUACAGUUGACACUGAUGCAGCUGCUUUAAAACUAUAGUAUUGUUGGGCUCCAUUCACCAAUAUCAUCCAAAGUUUGUUCUUAAAUGUGACCUUCAUAAAGUCCUAAGAAAAAUUCUA